GUCCCCGCGAGCCUCCGUGCGUCCCCGCCGCCUCUUCCUAGGCAGCGGCACGCCGCCCUGGACUCCCUAGGCCUGGGCUCGGGAGCGCGCACGUCGUGCGUCGCAGGCUCGCUCGGGAUUCUCGCCCGGUGCCGCAGGGAAAGGCCAACGGUUUGGUCCGCCAUGUUCUUCUCCGCGGCGCUCCGGGCCGAGGCGGCUGGUCUCACCGCCCAGUGGGGGAGACAUAUAAGGAAUUUACAUAAGACAGCUGUGCAAAAUGGAGCUGGAGGAGCCUUAUUUGUGCACAGAGAUACUCCUGAGAAUAACCCAGAUACUCCAUUUGAUUUCACACCAGAAAACUAUAAGAGGAUAGAGGCAAUUGUAAAAAACUAUCCAGAAGGACAUAAAGCAGCAGCUGUGCUUCCAGUCCUGGAUUUAGCCCAAAGACAGAAUGGAUGGCUGCCCAUCUCUGCUAUGAACAAGGUUGCCGAAGUUUUAAAAGUACCUCCAAUGAGAGUAUAUGAAGUAGCAACUUUUUAUACAAUGUAUAAUCGAAAGCCAGUUGGAAAGUAUCACAUUCAGGUCUGCACUACUACACCUUGCAUGCUUCGAAACUCUGACAGCAUACUGGAGGCCAUUCAGAAAAAGCUUGGAAUAAAGGUUGGGGAGACUACACCCGAUAAACUUUUCACUCUUAUAGAGGUGGAAUGUUUAGGGGCCUGUGUAAAUGCACCAAUGGUUCAAAUAAAUGACAACUACUAUGAGGAUCUGACACCUAAGGAUAUCGAAGAAAUUAUUGAUGAGCUCAAAGCUGGCAAAAUUCCAAAACCUGGGCCACGGAGUGGACGCUUCUCUUGUGAGCCAGCUGGAGGUCUUACCUCUUUGACUGAACCACCCAAAGGACCUGGCUUUGGUGUGCAAGCAGGACUUUAAUUUAUAUUCAAUUGUAAAUAUUGUCUUUGGAGAAAUAAAAAUAAAUCUCCUAUCUACAUAAACUAUA